GGAAUUCGAUUUUCAAGGCCUCGUCUUAUUGGAAGACCGUCGCGUUCAAGUUCUAAGCGGCGUUUCGACGAACACGAGAGGCGCAGCAGCAUCAUGAGCUCCCCUCCGUCCUCGCCUCGUCGCUCCGGCGCCGCCACCAACGGCGACGAGAGGCCGCGGUUCUUCGACUCCAAGGCGAAGAGCCGGUGCUGGGCGGCGGCGGCCGUCGUCCCCGGCCGCCACCCGGAGCGGUGGCGCAGGGACGCCGCCGGCAACGUCGUCUGCAAGCGCUUCUGCAACUGCCAGGGCUGCCUCUGCUUCGAGUACGACCACAUCGUCCCCUUCUCCAAAGGCGGCGAGUCGACUGCCGAGAAUUGCCAGAUUCUUCAGACGAGGGUGAACAGGUUCAAGUCGGACAAGGAAGCGGUGGACGCGGCGCAGCUCAAGGGCUACUCUUGUGACGUCCAAUUCACAGAUAAAGAGCUUGACAUAAUCGAGAUGGCUGUUUAUGGGGAUGUGAUCCGGCCGGGAAAUGAAUGCAGGUGUAAAACUGUUGCGGAAAUGCUGGGUACGUUCAAGUCGAAACACCCCAAGGCUGCUUGCAAGCUUCCAUACUCAAACGAAACGUUGUAGCGGAAGAAUAUUGAAGCCCUUCUCAAUUGGAGUGGGGCGUCCAAAGAAAAACCCAUAUUGUUUGCAGACACUUGCACCUAACAGAUUGAAAAAAGAUAACGGUUUGAUGAGCUGUUGAUUGGAACGAUACAAUUAAAUUGGCCGUACAAUGUAACUUUUGCCUUCUCUGCGUUUAGAUAUUUCUAUCUCAUCUGAAUUUGAAUCUAGUUGUGCUGCCAA